CUCGAGGGCGGAACUUCCUGCGCCGGUUGCUAAGACAAUCUUGUUUCCCUCCUUGACAACGCAAGGGAGGCGGCGACGGCGGCGCUGGGGGCCCGGCGGCGGGAGCAGAUUCUUCUUCUUGCCUGCAGAUUUGUUCUUUCCUGUCGGUCUUUUAAAAGCACCUUUAUUCUUGGACAGCCAGAUAAGAAAAAUGAGGCCCAGAAGUGACUUUCCCAAGGUCUCCCAGUUGGAUCAGUGGCAGGGCUGGAAGUAGAACUCAGGUCUCUUGCCUUCCAGUCUUCCAUCAACAUCCCCUGUGGGGGAACAUUUUCUCCCAUCACUGAGACAUCUGGGCCUGCCUCCUUAGCCUUCCUGGCUCUCCUAAUUGCUACCAUUAGCACCUCCCCAGGAGUGCUCCUCUUUCCUCAGCUGCUCACAGUGGAAAGAUCAUGGGAGAAGAAGGGAAGAAAGAUGAUGCAGAUUAUAAGAGACUACAAACCUUCCCUCUGAUCAGACACUCAGACAUGCCAGAGGAGAUGAGAGUGGAGACCAUGGAGUUAUGUGUCACCGCCUGUGAGAAAUACUCCAACAACAACGAGAGUGCUGCCAAGAUGAUCAAGGAGACCAUGGACAAGAAGUUUGGUUCAUCCUGGCAUGUGGUGAUUGGUGAAGGCUUCGGUUUUGAGAUCACCCACGAGGUGAAGAAUCUGCUGUACCUAUACUUUGGGGGCACCCUGGCUGUGUGUGUCUGGAAAUGCUCCUGACACAGGCCCCCCCUGCCCCCUGUACCCCCUUCCCCAUCCCUCCAGCUUUCACCAGGGGUGGGGCAGCCUCAGGCAGGCCCUGGCUUUGGAAGGGAAAUGUGGGGUCUUUUCUUUUUUAUGUUUGUAUAUCAUGUGUGCGUGUGUGUAUGUGUGUGUGUAUGUGCGCACUUGCCCAGGCACCUGUGUGCAUGUGUGUUCAAGUGUCUGACCCCAGUUUUCCUACUGUCUCACUCCAAGAGUUGGGAUAUCAGAGGGCAGCAGGCUCUGGAGCAGGUGGAUGAGGGGAGACUUUCUUCAUGGAAAGAUUCCCCCAGAUUGGACUCUUAGUAAUUUGGAAAGGGAGGAGGGCCCCAUGCUGCCCUUGGCCCCUCAGAUCUUCUCUUCCCAUAGCCUUUCAAGAGGUUCCACAAAGUCCCUCCAAGCAGUGGCCCUUGGGCCACCCCUGUCCACUGGCACCGCAAAGAAGGAGCUCUCUUCCUCAUCUUGAGUGGCCAUAUUCCGUUGGCCAAAAGACUGAAUCUCUCCUUUGGGGGGACAAGUGAUUACCUUCCUUUGGCCUCCCAAGAAGUGGGGAAAUAGCAGGAACUCCCCACUUGACCUCAGAGUUUACUUACCCACUGCAUCUUAAAUAGACUGGUGGCAGAAGCAGCCUCCCCCACUUUGGGGUGGAAAGGGCCCAGCCUUUCUCCUUUUCUCCUCAUCUCCUGCCAGGAAGCCAGUUCCACCUUUUUACACCUCUGUAGCCACUGGCAAGAGGGCUGGAAACCCUCCCAAGUCAUCACAGGGCCUGUUUGGAGGGGGUGCCAGGUUUAGUGCUAGGCGAGCAGCCUACAUCACCCUCCCUUACAAGGCCUACUUCCCCAGGGGCCCCCCAAGGCUGCUAGUUACUUAGUCAUCAGGGACCCUGUAUAUUUGUACUACUUAUUUCUCUGUCUUGGGUUUUCUAUGUGAUUUUUUUGAGUGUGGGUUGGAGAGGGGAUUUAGUAGAAAGAGAAACCUAAAUGUAUUUUACACAACCGUUUUAUUUAUAUGAAUGUUUUUGGUUUUUACAAUUAAAGUUACCAGAAACAGAUUCUAAUCUUUA